UCUUCCUCCUUUAAUCCAAUCAAACACAACAACAACACAGAGAGCGAAAAGCAAAUCCGAAGAAGCUAAAAGAGUGAGCAAUGGCGUCGACGACUCUCUCAAUCGCUAGCUCAAUCCGUUCUUCAUCAUAUCCCACACUCGCUUCCGCCAAUCACUUCCCUGCCCGAACCACCGCAAUCGAGUUCCCAUCCCGCUUCGGUGGUGCUUCAUCUUCCACACUCACCCACCGUGCAACUCACCUCCGUCCAAUCGCCGCCGUCGAAGCUCCGGAGAAAAUCGAGAAGAUCGGAUCCGAAAUCUCAUCCCUUACCCUCGAAGAAGCUCGCAUUCUCGUCGACUAUCUCCAAGACAAGUUUGGUGUCUCCCCACUCUCUUUAGCUCCUGCUGCGGCGGCUGUUGCAGCUCCAGCAGACGGUGGUGGUGCGGCGGUUGUAGAAGAGCAAACCGAGUUCGAUGUGGUUAUCAAUGAGGUUCCAAGUAGUUCUCGUAUCGCAGUGAUUAAAGCUGUAAGGGCUUUGACUAGCUUGGCAUUGAAGGAAGCUAAGGAGCUUAUCGAAGGAUUGCCCAAGAAGUUUAAAGAAGGUGUUACUAAAGAUGAAGCUGAAGAAGCUAAGAAGACUCUUGAAGAAGCUGGUGCUAAGGUCUCCAUUGCUUAAGGUUUAUUUUUUUUAAAGUUCUUCUCUUUUCUGUGUUGUUACUUGCUAGUAUAGUUUGCUUUUGGAAUUGUUGAUUCAGCUUUGAGAAAAAUUGUUGUAAUUUGAGUAAAUUUGGUUUUUUUCA